AAGCGAGAGCGGAAAAGCAGAGGAGAAACCGCGCGGCUCCGGCGAUCCCUGAAUUCGGAGCCCCCGUGACCAUCGCUCCCCAUCCCGCAGUUGGAAGGCGACAUGGAAUUCAUCUGAACAUUCUGGAAGCUGGAAGAAGACCAGGCCAUCAACCUUCCCAAAAAUCUGGACCAGCUCAUCCACAAUUCUAAUUUUCCCUACUCCCUGGAUUCCCAGGAUUUUCCAUUCUGAAAUCUUGGCUGGAUGGAGAAAGAGGCUGUGAGGAAGAGGAAGAUGCCCCAGGACACCCAGGCAGACAAGGAGCUGAGGAUGGAGACCAGGGAGGACAAAUCCCCACGGCAGAACCUCGUGGAAGAGGCUGAUUUGAGCAGCUCCACAGUGCAGGAAUCCAACAGGGAAGAAAAGCUUCAGAGAUCCUGCAGGAGGAGGGGCUCCAAACCCAUCCCAGGGUGCUCUGAGGAGGAAAGACCCACCCUGUGCCGGGAAGGCAGCCAGAGAUCCAGCCAGGGCUCUGAGCUGGUGGUCCAUGAGCAGCUUCAGGAUGGGGAGAAGCCCUACAAGUGCUUGGAGUGUGGGAAGAGCUUCAGCCAGAGCAACAGCCUGAUCCGCCACCAGAUGAUCCACACUGGGGAAUGGGCCUACAAGUGUGGAGAAUGUGGGAAGGGCUUGAGCUGCAGCUCCGAACUCAUUGUCCACCAGCGCAUCCACAGCGGGGAGAGGCCCUACGAGUGUCCUCAGUGUGGGAAGAGGUUUCAGACCAGCUCCACUCUCCUCGUGCACCAGCGGAUUCACACGGAUGAGAGGCCCUUCCGCUGCCCCGACUGUGGGGAGGGCUUCAAGCACAACUGCACCCUCGUCAGGCAUCGGCGCAUCCACACUGGGGAGAGGCCCUACAAGUGUCCCCAGUGUGGGAAGAGCUUCACCCAGAGCUCUACCUUGACCCAACACCAACAGAGGCACCGGUAAGGGAAGCCCUGCGAGUGCCCCAAGUGCAGGAAGAGCUUCGUGCACUGCCCCAGCUCCAUCCCCCAUGAGAGAACCCACGUUGGCCCAAGCCCUGAUGACCUACGUUCCCAGUGAUCUGUGUUGGCAACACACUGGGUUGGUGGUCAUUUUAUUUUGGUUUCAAUCAUCUUUUGAUUCAUCCUCAUCCAGUUAAAACCAACAAAUAUUGGUAAAAAUCAACAAAUUCAUCAAAGGCAUCUAAAGCUUCACAUUUUACUAGAGCUUCAAGGGAAUUUGAGAGAUACUUGGGAGUAUUUGGGAGUUGUGGGCUUAUUUGGUGGAGUUGUCUCCAUUUCUUGGCAUUCAAAGAGAUGAGAGGGUUCGAUCUGUCAUCUCAAAACCACUCAAUGCCACUGAAUUCUACUCAGUCCCUCUCCAAAAUUAUUUAAUUCCACAGCCUCUCAGGGUGUGAUGCCUUAAGUUUUAGCUUUCAUAUUUUUCAUAUUCUAUGCUGCCUAGGUUUGUAGUUUUGAACUUCCUAUUAAGUGUUAGUGAGCUCUCUUCACAGAGUAGGUAGACAAAACAAUUCCUUUUCUAGCUUGAUACCAAGGACAAUUGUUACAAGUUCCAGGCCAAAAGCAAAACCAAGGGUGCACUGAAGAGAGAAAACAAGAAGGAUGGGAUUUCAUCAUCAGAAGCUGUCAUUGGACAAUGAACCCCAAUAUGCGGUUGGACCUAAACUUCUAAAAAUGUGAGACCUUGUGAUGAGUUGUCCAUUUUUGUGACCAUUUCUGGUCCAUCUUGGGUGUAACCCUGGCCAGGCUCUUGUACUGCCCAAGGUGUAUCUGCAACAUGCCGGUCGUGAGUUGGGAGACAAAAUCCACGACUCGUGCUCCAGUUGCUCAUCAGACAAAACAGCCUCGUUUACUAUUCAGAACUCACUUGAAUACCAAGUUCAGAUUUCCCAGGCUAGACAGCCAUUGGUUGAUACUUCUCUCCCUGCCCUGCAUCCUGGCCAGUGGUGUGCACUGAUUCAGACAUGAAUUAGGCUCACUAAUUAGAUUUGUGUUAUGGCUAAAGUAGAUUUACUGCUAAAUUAGAUUUGUGUUAUGUCUAGAUUUACUUUGUCCAGUCCUGACCAGCUCUACUGUGACCAUACUGUGACAAUUCACCCUUUUUGGUUAAAUUAAAAAAUAUAAAAUGCUCUCUGUUAUCCUGUCUGCAAGGGGCCUUUGCAGACAUGAUAUCAGGGACAGCAUGGGUUUAAUUUGAAUGAAGUUUUCUAAUUAAUUUGACACAAUUAAUUCUCUUCAGCUAGCAAUAUGCUUUGUGUACUAAAUUGAAUUUGGAACACUCACUUCCAGGAGCUGGCAGACAGGAUCACAAUCCUUCAAGCUAACAUGCCACAGGUUAACUACUUAUAGUUAAAAGCUACAACUUAACAUUAAAAAACAAGAAACCGUUUAGAACUGAGAUUAUACCUGAACUCUAUAAACAAGAAAAAAAAAAACAUUCAACAUUUAGAACCAUGAGAAAACCCAACUUAGCAGAAAAACAAUUUGUAAACAGUUUUUGAAUAAACUGUCUUUCCAAGA